AGCGAGUGCUUGGUUGAAAUGUAAUGGUGUACGGUGUAGCAUCUUCUUAACUACCAAAUUCGCUCGGUUUCGCCAGUAUAAUGGCACCGCAUUCUGGUGUCAAUGGCGAAAGUAAAGGAGAAGGACAGGACCAUGCUCUUGCAAAAGACGGGGCUUCACUCUAUGAUGUUCUUGGAGUUGACAAAAGUGCAACACAAGAGGAAAUUAAGAAAGCGUAUAGGAAGAUGGCACUGAAGCACCAUCCUGAUAAAAAUCCUAAUAAUCCUGAAGCUACAGAAAAAUUUAAGGAAGUCAAUCACGCACAUAGUAUAUUAGCUGAUCCCAGUAAAAGGGAAAUUUAUGACAAGUAUGGCUCUAUGGGUCUCUAUAUAGCUGAACAAUUUGGAGAAGAGAAUGUCAAAUUGUACUUCAGGCUCAACAGUGGCUGGUGUAAAGCGCUGUUCAUGUUCUGCGGAAUCAUAACUUGCUGUUACUUCUGCUGUUGCUGCUUCUUCUGUUGUAAUUUCUGUUGCGGAAAGUGCAAGCCAGUUCCAGACGAGCAGUGGGAGGAUUUCGAAUUUGACGACGUUAAAGAUGAGGAGGAUCCGAUAACGAAGCAGCCCGGUAGUAACGGAAAUGACACAAGCAGCGAGCAACCCCCCAAAUCACCUGGUGUUGACAGCGCGGCCAGCAACAGUACAGCGAAUUCCGCUAUCCCCAUGCCUUCGUCGUGAAUGACGUAGCAUUAGUGUUCAAAGGGAGUGGGGUGGGUAGAGUAUAUAUUUUUUUUUGCUGGCGGCCAUGUUGGAUAUUUGAAGGCUUGUACAAUGAAGGCAACAUGUUCUAGGUGACGAGAGGGUUAAAGAUAUAAAAUAUUUCUAGGUUCAGAAGGAUAAAUCGUAGCAAAGGAUAUGGAUAGGCUUCUGAGAUCUUAAGCUAACAGCUCUGAAUUGAGAUAGCUUAGGCGACUGGAAGGCGCUCUUCGGUUAUUCAAUAUGGCUGCCAGCACGCGUCGUUUGCAUGAAUUGUUAGCUUAACUUUUUUCAGCUAUGGGAAGAAAGGUCAAUGUUGUGAAGGUUCUUUUUUUCAGUCCUGUUGAAUCCGCGUUAUGAUAAUGUAACAUUAAACAUAUUGUGAAGGGUAGUUCAAGUCUUUUCUAUUUUUACGUUGACAAUACUUCUUGUGAUUUUUUUUCCUGUCUAAAUUGGUAAUGACCUUAUCUCUCUAGAUAAAUAAUUAAAUGAAUUGUUUAUGAAGUAAUGACGGAUGGAAUGACCAAGUUUGGAAGUUUGGCUUGCAGGAAAUCCAACUUUGCGUGUGGGGGUAGGGAGUGGCUGCUUAACCCGUUAACUCCCAUGAGUGACCAAGACAGAAUUUCUCCUUACAAUAUCAAUACAAUAUUAACCAGAUAAGUGAUGAGAUUAAAGAAAAUUUUCCAUUUGGGGAUAAUGAGUUGAUCCAAUUCCUAGAACUAGCAUUACAAGAAUUGUAUGGCUGAUAGUAAGGAGAAUUACAAAUUUGAUAUGGGAGUUAAAGGAUUAAGACAAAUCGUGUGACUGUGGUAACAUCUUAUGGUUGCUUUUCUCAUAUCGUAAGGGAAUUCAUAUCUUCCCACUUAUAGACGCGUGUUAUAUUCUUUCUUUUUUUGUUUUCCCAUUUCAUCUGGUUCUAUGAAUGGGUCCUAAUCGGUAUUACCUUUUGGUAGCCUCUUGUAUGGAUGCUGAAGUUCGUAAGGACGAAGCGAUUUAUAAUUUUUCAGUUUGUAGUUUAGAAACCUUAACUAUAGUUAUGAUGCAUGUCGGUUGACCUUCGACAUGACUGGUCAGCAAAUUGUGAGGGAACUUGUUUGAUAGCGGUUUUUUCCAAAAUGUGUCGCUGGUAACUGUUAGUUAUAUCAUUUUCAUUAGAAGUUGAGUGGUUGUUCAGGCCAUUUUCGUUGAAUAAUAGGUGAUAUUUACCUUUACUUAAACAAAUAACUUUAUUAAGUUGUAUCAGAUAUGAAAUUGAUAUUUUUUUCGGUUAAAUAACAAAGGAGCAUUAGACGGAUACUGAUACACGAAAGAAUCUUUGGUUCUUGCAGUACACAGCUCACUUAAAGGUGGCUACUCAUUUAAGCUUUGAUUACGAUACCUUGAUUUUAAUUUCCGAAUCUAACAGCUCUUAGUCUCCUCUUUGUUUUUCUCUCUCCAUUGAGACUUGUUUCGAACGAGAUUUUUCACCACGGUAUGAUAGAAACCUGAGAAAAACACGGCGAUAUUAAAAACUCAAGAGCGUUACUUACCUGCCAUAUCUAGUGUAGGUUUUGUUACGCAACUUUUCCUCUUAGUCACAAAAAAAAGUGGAAGCCAUUCUCUUUUUUUGGCUUUUUUUCUCUUAAAUGUCUGCGUUUGUAUUUUUUCUCACAGGGUUUAGUGUCACCGUGACUGGAUAUCUUUCGUUCUGCCUGUCAACCUUUAAUUUUGAAAUUUCCGUUUCAACGAGGCAAGUUCUCACAGAGGGUUUCUUCGACAGGCGAACAUUAUAUAUUCAUAUGUUUCAAGUUGUCAAUUAAGAAUUCCGUUUAGGUUGUAUAAUAAGUUAUUUCAGUAAUUGUAAUGAAGAAUUUCGCAAAUAAAGGUGCGAAAAUU